AUGAAGAAGAACAGAGAAAGUCUUUUUAGCAGGAAAAUUUGGUCACGUAGAUCUUCUAUUUCGCCGGAAUUCGUUGAUUGCUCCGUACUCAUUUACAAUGGAAAAACUCCUGUUCGUUGUAAGAUCACUGAAGGAAAGGUUGGAAAUCCGAUUUCGGUAAGACUUGAUCUGAAUCGUAGUUCAGAUCCAAGUUGGUUCAGUGAUUAUUAUUAUGGUAAAUCCGUCUAUCAAGAUGUCAAUCUGAGAUCUUAUUUCGGUUCGAUACGUCCACCUACGAUACUCACCUUUGGCUUUCGUCUCGGUAGGUGUAUUAUUCUACAUUUUCCAAAAAGGACAUUCAUUCAUUUCUUUCUUCCCCGUCGACCACUACGACUGAAACGACGCGACAAAUCAAGACCCGGAAAGGAGAAGGGCCGGUGGUGGGCAUUUGGGAAAGUCGGGCCGAUCGGGUGUCUUCAUUCAAGCGACGGUACAGAGGAAGAACGAAACGAAGUGAGAGGCCGGGGGGCAGGGAAAAGAGUCGAGUCGAUCAGGCUCGACGACCGGGAGAAGCAAAACGAAAGAAGGAUUUGGCCGAAAAAGAUGCAACGCUAUGGAUACCAUGACCGAUCACCAUCGAGAAAGAAGAAUUUUUCUACAUCACUUCGGGUCAGCGGGGCCUUAAAGCAUCCUAAAUACGCCGGGGUUGUAAAUGACAUAGCGUUCCUGAUAGAAAAUGACGACUCCUUCAGAAAAACGAAGUUAUUCAAGUUGUUCUUUUUACCAAAGAAGUCCCGCUCUGACGGCCCGACGAGUCAUCUACUAAAAAGGACCCUCCCCGCUGUGCGCCCCUCUUUGAAUUAUUCGGUCAUGCAAUACUUAUUGAAUACAAAGAACAAAAUUCCGAUCGAGCCCGUCGUAGUUCUCAAUCAUUUCGUGGCACCGGGCGUAGCUGAACCAUCUACGAUGGGGGGAGCGAAGGAAGGAAGCUUAGAAAAGAGAAUACGCUCUCGCAUCGCUUUUUUUGUAGAAAGCUCGACCAGCGAGAAAAAGUGUUUGGCCCAAGCCAAAAAGAGGUUGAUCCACUUCAUUCGCUUGGCGAAUGAUCUUCGCUUCGCGGGAACAACAAAAACCACCAUCUCGCUCUUUCCUUUCUUCGGUGCUACCUUUUUCUUUCCAAGGGAUGGGCUUGGGGUGUAUAAUAACCUUUUUUUGGAGUAUGCCCGGGAACUAGUCCUAGGUCAAUUAAAGAUCAAAUGUUGGAACCUCAUGGGUAAGGAUAAGGUAAUGGAAUUGAUAGAAAAAUUCAUAGACCUAGGUGGGAUAGGAGAAUUGAUAAAGGGAAUAGAGAUGAUGAUAAAGAUCAUACUGAGAAACAGAAGAAUUCCGUACGGGUACAACUCUUAUUUUAACGAAGUGCAAAAAAUGCGAUCUUUUUUGUCUAAUAGAACAAAGACUAAUACCUUAAUUGAGUCGGUAAAGAUCAAAUCUGUUUAUCAAAGUGCUUCUCUGAUUGCUCAAGACAUCUCUUUUCAACCGAGGAACAAUCAAAUCUCAUUUCGUUCCAUUUUUAGUAAAAUAGUGAAGGAUAUUCCAUUAAUAAUGCCAAAAGGGGUGGAGGGGAUACGUAUUUGUUGUUCAGGUCAAUUAGGAGUUGCGGAAAUAGCUAGAACUGAAUGCAGAAAGUAUGGAAAUGACUUUUUCAAGUUGUCGGUGUGA